AUGGAUGGAGAAAGACCCGUAGCUGCUUGGAUUUCUUUCGGUCUGGGACCCCGGCAAUGUAUCGGGAUGAGAUUGGCAUAUAUGGAGGAAAAACUUGUUCUUGCUCACUUGCUUAAGCGCUUUGACAUAACGACUACCGAG